AUGGACAGGUCCUUCUCCCUGCUUGCUCUGCUUUCCCUCCUCGUCGUUGGCAUCAGCCUGGGCUCGCUCCACUCCGGUUCAGCCGCGACGACCACCACCGGCACCCCCGACGGCUCAGAGCUGUGGGGGUACGUCGAAGUCCGGCCAAAGGCUCACCUGUUCUGGUGGUACUACAAGAGCCCGCAGAGGACGUCGACGCCGACGAAGCCAUGGCCGACCGUCCUCUGGCUGCAGGGUGGCCCCGGCGCGUCCGGCGUCGGGUUCGGCAACUUCCAGGAGAUCGGCCCGCUGGACGUCAACCUGCAGCCGCGAAACUCGACAUGGCUCCAGAAGGCCGACCUCAUCUUCGUGGACAACCCGGUGGGCGUCGGGUACAGCUACGUGGAGGACGACAGCCUGCUGGUGACCACCGACUGGCAGCAGGCGGAGGACGCCACCACGCUGCUCAAGGCGCUGGUGAAGGAGGUGCCCACGCUGCAGAGCAGCCCGCUGUUCCUGGUCGCCGAGUCCUACGGCGGCAAGUACGCCGCCACGCUGGGCGCGUCCGUCGCCAGGGCCGCCCGCGCCGGGGAGCUCAAUAUCACGCUCGGAGGUGUGGCGCUCGGCGAUAGCUGGAUCUCGCCGGAGGAUUUCACGCUCUCGUACACGCCGCUGCUCCUGAGCGUGUCGAGGCUUGACGAUAACGCCGCCGACGAAGCAAACAAGAUGGCCGAGACGGUGAAGGAGCAGAUCGCGGUGGGCAAUUUCAGCGACGCGGAGGGUUCGUGGAGUGAUCUCCUGGAUUUCAUCGGCACCAGGAGCGGCGACGUGGACGUAUACAAUUUUCUUGAUGGCAGCCUGGACCAGGCGACAGCGGAAACACCAGCGGCCUCGUCGCCAAGCACCGUGAAGGCUAUGAUGAAGUACUCGAGGUACCUCAGCGGCAAGCAGGACUUGCCGGGCAUCAUGAAUGGAGUCAUCAAGGAGAAGCUCAAAAUCAUCCCCAAAAACCUCAAGUGGCAGGGGCUUAAUGAUGCUGUUUAUUACGCGCUGGUCAAUGAUAUAAUGAGGCCAAGAAUCGAGGAGAUUGAUGAGCUGCUGUCUUACGGUGUCAAUGUGACGGUGUACAACGGCCAGCUCGACAUAAUCUGUUCGACCAUCGGCGCAGAAGCAUGGGUUCAGAAGCUCAAAUGGGAUGGGUUGAAGACGUUCCUGAGCCUACCGAGGCAGACUCUCUAUUGUGGCUCCAGCGAAGGCACCAAGGCUUUUGUUAGGUCCUACAACAACCUGCACUUCUACUGGAUUCUUGGAGCUGGCCAUUACGUGCCUAUCGACCAGCCUUGUAUCGCACUUAGCAUGAUCGGCAACAUAACUCAGUCCCCAGCAAGUUAG